UUUAAAAAACUGACCCAUACCCAGCUUGCUUAGGAAAGGUAACAGGUUUUGGGGACAGCUGAGGGUGGCAGCAGCCCCUGAAUAUUAAGCUCCUGUAUGGGAAGCAUGUUUCCACCCACAUGAACAUCCCUGCCUAACCAGGGUGAGGACCCAACCACCUACUGGAUGGCUAUGGCAAGAGAGCCUGGAGAUCAGCCUGGUAGCUCUCUCUGUCCCCUUGGCCUAUGGAGCAAAGCAGAGCACAAAGGUCCAGAAUCUGAGCACCCCAAGAACCCUAAUUUGCUCCUCUUUUAUUCCUCAUCCUCCACACAGAGGGACUGGAACCACCAUGGCUCCAUAGGUCAUUUCACAUACAGAAAAUUCUGGAGUUGUGUCAUCCUAAGGUAAUCACAGUAAACAUUCAUUAAGCAUUCACCAUUUGCCAGGCACUGAUCUAAGCACGUUAAUUAUCCUGCUAAGAUAGGCACUCUUAUUAUUCCCAUUUUACAGAAGGGGAAACCGAGGCACAGAGGAGUUAAGUCACCUGCCUAAGGUCACUCAGCCAGUCAUCAUCUGACCUGUGAUUUGACCCUAGACAGACUGAUUCCAGAUGCCCACCUUAACUACUUCCUUUAUGCUGUUAGUGAGAUUCUGAAGUUUUGUGAUUCGAAGAUUCUGUUAUUUGAAAGUUUGUGAUUCUUUAAUUCUAGGUCUAGAAGUCUGAGAUUUUCCUCGAGUCCAUAGGGGUCUCAGGGCGGGAAGAUACCAUCUAAUCCAAUCCCCACCAGAUACUUACAUUGGUGUCUCUCCUCCAUUCUCUACAGGGAAGGAGAGCAGUGGUACCGGCUCCGCCAGGCUCUGAACCAGCGGUUGCUGAAGCCAGCUGAGGCUGCGCUCUACACAGAUGCUCUGAAUGAGGUGAUCGAGGACUUCAUGACUCGACUGAACCAGCAGCGGGCAGAGAGCGCCUCGGGGGACCAUGUGCCCGACAUCGCUCACCAUUUCUACUUCUUUGCCUUGGAAGCUGUUUGCUACGUCCUGUUUGAGAAACGUAUUGGCUGCCUGGAGCGCUCCAUCCCCCAGGACACCAAGACCUUCGUCAAAUCUGUCGGGCUCAUGUUCCACAACUCAGUGUACGCCACCUUCCUCCCCAAGUGGACUCGCUCCUUGCUGCCUUUCUGGAGGCGAUAUCUGGAUGGCUGGAACACCAUCUUCUCUUUUGGGAAGAACCUGAUUGAUCAGAAAUUAGAGGAGAUAGAGACCCAACUUCAGACAGGGGGCCCAGAGAAGGCCCAGAUAUCUGGUUACCUGCACUUCCUGCUGACCAGCGGACAGCUCAGUCCUCGUGACGCCGAGGGCAGCCUGCCCGAGCUGCUCCUGGCUGGAGUAGACACGACGUCCAACACGCUGACGUGGGCCCUGUACCAUCUUUCAAAGAACCCAGAGAUCCAGGCGGCCCUGCAUGAGGAAGUGGUGGGCAUGGUGCCCGCCGGGCAGGUGCCCCAGCACAAGGACUUUGCCCACAUGCCCCUGCUCAAAGCUGUGCUUAAGGAGACACUGCGCCUCUAUCCUGUGGUCCCCGUGAACUCCCGGGUCAUCAUGGACCAGGAAGUUGAAGUUGGUGGCUUCCUCUUCCCCAAGAAUACCCUGUUUGUGUUAUGCCACUAUGUGGUGUCCCGGGACCCUCUCAUCUUCCUUGAGCCGGACAGCUUCCAGCCCCAACGUUGGCUGAGGAAGAGCCAGCCUGAUGCCCUCAGGGCCCAACACGCAUUUGGCUCUGUGCCCUUUGGUUACGGUGUUCGGGCUUGCCUGGGCCGCAGGAUUGCAGAGCUGGAGAUGCAGCUGCUGCUGACAAGGCUGAUCCAGCAGUACGAGGUGGCCCUGGCCCCUGAGACGGGGGAGGUGACAAGUGUGGCUCGAAUCGUGCUGGUUCCCAAUAAGAAGAACUUGCUCUUCCUCAAGGCCCAGCUCAAGUGUCACCGCCUCUGCAAAGCCUUCCCUGACCUCCCGGGGCUGUGCCCAGGCUCACAAAGAUGUGCAGGAACUUGAGCAGCCGCUUGUGUGUGAGGAUGUGGAGCACAGCGCCUGAGACUGGGUCCAGGACCGGCAGGCG